CAGCGAGCGGUCAACAUUCAACAAUCAACACGUCAUUUAAAGGUUAGACAUCAAAUGGCAAUUUAAAAAUAAAAUAAAUUAAUUAUGGGAGAUUACAUUAAUCCUAAACCAAGUGAAUAUUACUGGCAACAACAAAAUGCACCACAAGUCAAUCAGGGUUAUUAUGAACAAGACUAUAAUCAAUUUCAAAAUCAACAAUUAGAAUUUAACACAAAUAAUGAAUUUACUGAUCAGAAUUUUUCAAACUACCCUACACAGAUGUUAAUACCAGAACAAUUUGACAAUGCAGCAAAAGGUGUAGAUGAUUUUGAUGAACCUCCUCUAUUAGAAGAAUUAGAAAUAUAUCCAGAUAGGAUUUUAGAAAAAAUUUUGGCCGUUUUGAAUCCAUUACGAGGACACAGUUUAGCUGACGAUGCAGAAUAUCUUACAAAGGAUUCUGAUUUAGUUGGUCCAAUAGUGUUUUGCCUUCUGCUGGCAGUAGCAUUAUUCUUAGCUGGAAAAAAUGCUCAUUUUGGAUAUAUUUAUGGUAUUUCAAUGAUUUCAUGUGUUCUGAUGUAUUUUCUACUAUCUUUAAUGACUCCUACGAGCGGAACGUUUACUUUAAGUACUGUAGGUAGCAUUCUAGGAUAUUGUUUGAUACCAAUUCUAGCAUUAUCUGCUGUUGGAAUUAUAUUUAAGCUCAGUGGUCCUGUGGGAUUGGUUUUGGCAAUAAUUGCUGUUAUUUGGUCAAGUUUUUCAGCAUCCCGUUUAUUUAUUGCUGUAUCUGGAGAUAAACAACAACAACCUCUUAUUGCAUAUCCAUGUAUGAUGGUAUAUGGUGUCGUCACUUUGUUAGUUUUAUUCUAAUUUCAAGUGUCUAAUUAUAAGUAAUAAUACAUAGUAUUGUACUAUUUUUUAAAUAAAAUUCUAAAUUUAUAUUAUUAUUUGAAAUAUUUAAAUUAAUUUGUAUGUAGGGUCUGAUUACAAUUAGAAGGGACAUCAUCAUUUGGCAAAGUAAUUAAUUAGUAAUCGCCGCCUACUGGGAGUUUAAUGGAGUGUUAUAGGAAUAUAGGAAAUAUUUUUUUAUACCUUACAUCUUAUUUUUUUUUUAUUAAUAGUUAUAGAUAUGUAUUCGAAGUAAUGGUUAUGACGUAGCGAUGUUCUGCUAAUUGUAAUUAGAACCUUUACCUGUGCAAUUUUUCUAGAAAGAAAGUUUGAAAUGUUCAUUUUAUAAUGAAUUAAACAAUUAGGAAUUUAAAUCAAUAUUUAUUUUAGUACAACCUUAUUUGUAAUAAUUAUUGUAUUGGAGAUAUUAGAAAAGUAAUUCUUUAUGGUGUUGCCCAUUUUCGUUUACUGGUUGUUGUUUAAAACAGUUGUUACGAUGUUAAUUCAGUAUUACAAUUAUUAUUAGUCUUAUUUUCAAUGAACUAGUUACUCUUCAUGCUUGAAUUUUUCGAGUUUUAAUUAAAAUUACUAAGUUAUAUUUUUUCGUUGUGCAAUGAACAAAUAUUGACGGAACUAGGUAAUAUAUUUUGACAAAAGAUAUAAAGAUCUGUAAUACUCAUAGGGUAUUCCAUUUGAGAUAUCAGUUAUUCUUUACCUAUAUAUAUAUAACUAUGUAUCAAAAACAGAUUUUUUUCAUGUAUAAAAGUCAUCAUGAAAAAAACACACUAGCAAUUAACAUAUAAAAACUCACAGUCA